AUGGGCCGUCGCGGGCCAGCUUGUCGACGAUGUAGGGGGCGUCAUCUAAAAUGCAAUAGAGAGAGGCCAUGUGCCCAAUGCAAAAAGUCCGACAUUAAAUGCGAUUUGUCGAGGGUGAACAUCAGGUUCCGGUCACACAAGCCUCGACCAAAGCCGGAUUUGAAGUUUUCGCCCAGUCAGGAAUGGGUUGGAACGGCCAGGGAUGGCGAGUUUCAGUACGUCGACAUGAGCCGGGAAUAUGCACAGAAUAAUCCAAACAAGUUGAAAGCCAGACAGACAUCCGUCUUUAGCCAUGGGGCGGCGAUAGCCCCUUUCAGUCCUCGUCCCGACGAUGCUCAUGACACUGAGCACUCAUCCAUUCCCGAAAUAGACCCCGUUUUCUCGAGUCCGGGGCCACUGUAUACCCCCGAAAACACUCAUUCCGCUGGCCAUUUUGCACUAUUGCCAUUUUCCAGUAUCGAACAAAACCAUGAUGCUCCGGAGCAAUCCAUUUAUCCUCCGCAGCGAGACAAGUACCCUUUAGGUCCCCUGAAAGGACUCCCGGACUCUGCAUCAAAUCAGGCCUUCGUGACGAAUAUAGAAGAGGCAUGCCUGAUACGACACUUUGUGGACGACUUAGCCCCAUGGUUUGACACGAGCGAUCGAGACCAUAAUUUCUGCUACACGGUACCAGAACGGGCAAUGUUCUGUCCCGUCCUGCGCUAUGCUCUACUUACUGCAUCGGCUGGGCAUCUCACCCGGCCAUGCAGCCCAUAUCGAAACUCCAACAAUUUGAUCGUGUAUGACGGCAUCCAACUGCCUAACAUCCGGUAUGACGCUGUAAUUGCCUACCAUGAUAUCUGCAUAUCGUACUUGAUUCAUGUCUCGAAUGAUCCGAGCGGGGACUUCAAUGAGGAUGUUUUGACCGCUGCAACCAUCCUGCGCUUCUUCGAACAGCUUGACACCCCAUCCGCAGGAACUGACGCCGGAACAUACCUAACCGCCGUUCAAUUUAUUAUCAACACCCAACGGAACCAGUCAUUCUAUGCCUACAGAACUAUCGCCGGUCCACCACGAAAUGCCAGUAUUCAUGACAUCCCCGCACCAUCACUGGGCCACUCUGCUUGUCUGAUCGCCCUCCGACAAGAGAUCUGGAGUGCAUGUCUCCACCAACACCCCUGCCGCCUCCCGAUAUGUCCAUAUGAAGCUGGCAUUGCCUUUGACGACACGGCAAGCGACUUUAUCUGGACAAAUCGCAUACUCAUUUGGAGAGAGUCCAACGAUGGAAAAUAUUCAAAGAAUUCGAAGAACAAUGGCAGACACAAAUCACACGCAUUUCGACCUAUUUACUAUGAAGAUCCUGAUCCCGGAUCUGGUAUAUUCUUACCGCGCAUAUGGCACAUCAAUUCUUGCCAAGUCAUGGCUGAGCAGCACAUCGAGCUCGCACGCAUCCUCCUCGCCGUAUCAAAUCCUACAAUAUCCCGCAUCGGUCUCGGUGCGUCGUCCGCGAAUGCGACGUUAGAGGCAGAGCUACGAUCUAUCACCAGAAGGCUGGUUGGAUUAGGCGUUUCGAAUCCAAAAAUGCCACCGGCGCUAGUGACGUCUGCCGUGGGGAUAUCUAUGUGUGGGGAGUACUUUAAAAAUCCAAAGGAGCAGGAAGCGUUGGUGGAUGUCUUGGUGGGCUUGGAAGUGGAGCAUUCCUGGCCUACUGAGGCUACGAUUGCGGCGUUGAGGAGAGCUUGGGAAUUGAGAGCGCGAGCUUAG